UGCACUGACAGCACGCCGUGCUGUCAGAUUCCUCAACGGCGGUCGGCGGUCGACGCCGACACGUGCUUCUGUUUGUUUUGAUUCUUUAGUGCGCCGUGUUCAGUUCAAAUCGUGUGCGGGAAAUUUACGAUUUUCUUCAGUAAAAAUGGGUGGAAACUCGAGGAAAUUCAAGAAAGCUGAAAAGAGUAAAAUCAAACUGAAGAGCGCUCUCAAAGGAGCUAAACUUCCGAAGGGGACCAAUGUGACAAAGACAAAUUUCAAAGUGCGCAAGAUCGUCAUACCGGAUCAGAUCAAACAGCGGAACCUUACGGAUGCCAAUGUCCUCUCCAGUCGUAGCUUAACCGUCAAGGACUGCCUGGCAAAGCUGAAGCACACCAACCCAACGGCCAAAUGCGACGGCCUACGUGGUCUGCGCGAGAUCCUCGCCAAACUGCCCACCGAAGUCACCGAGAACCACUUGAGCACGGCCAUCAAGUCCAUCGUCAGCAUUUCCAUCGACAUCGAACGUGAUGUCCGCCGGGAUUGUUACAAAACUCUUGGACUCCUGUUCGCCGCCGCCGGCCAGGAGAAUGUGCUUCCGUUCUUCGAUGUGCUGCUGUCGUUCCUCCGGUGCGCCAUGACCCACAUCCAGCCAAGGAUCCAGGAAGACUCGCUACUCCUUCUGGACACCUUUCUGCAGCAUCUGCCGCAGUUGGUCCUACUCAACAGGGACAAAAUCUUCCCGCAGUUUUUGGACAUGAUUUCCAAGCUGCGGAGCGAAUCUAAACCGGAACGUACGCUUACGUUGAGCUUGAAUAAGCAAUCGACCAGCACCAAGUGGAGGACGCGGGUCUUGAUGCGGUUGAUUGGGAUGCUGAGGAUCCUGAUUGAUAGUAAGAAGGGCGAUGGGAAGGUCGCCAUGGAGAUGAAAGGCGGGGAGGAACCCAUGGACACCGGGGAUGAGAGUAAUCCCUUCACCACAAAAUCAACCCACAUCCCAGCUUCAUCCUUACCGGUCAACAAUGUGUUCGACUACCGAGCUCCACUGCACUUUCCGCUGGUCCGCCACCGCCUGUACCAACCUUGUCCGCUGACGUGCCUUUUCCGGAAAUCCAUUACCGGGAGCGGAGGCAACCUCUCGCUGUCGGACCAAAUCGACGAAGGUCGCAAACUGAAAACCUACGUCCAGAUGUUGAUGCCGCUGCUGUUCGAGUCCUGGCUGGAGGUUCGUCCUACUUCGGGAGGCGGCGAAACGGCCGAACACGUGCUGUCCCAUGAGGCCGCAACCACUUUGGGACUGCUGCUGGACAUUGCCAUCCAGUUGUGGGAGUUGGUGGUGAUUUACGGGCGCGAGACGAACAACUCCGAUAUGACCAGGUGGUUCCGAGACCAGUAUGCAGAGGAUUUCUGUAAUCAUAUCUUGAAGGGUUUCCCCUUCUAUCAGAGCCCGGGAGCUGGUGCUGGAAAAGGGGGUCGUAGCGCAAUGGCCGAUGAGACAAAGGAACGGAACGUGGACGAGAAGUGCUAUCAGCAGAAUUUCAACAUUUGCUACUUCUACUGCUGUUUGAACGAGAACUUCCGGUCGGAUCGGAGCAAGAACUACGAUAAGGUGGCGAAUUACGUGGAGAGGUGCGUUAAUAACUGGAAGUUCCGUUCGCCGGAAGUGAGUUCCCUGCUGCUGAAGGUGUUGAGGUAUAUGCUGUUGGAAACGGAUUGCGUCUCGAUCAAUCAGAAUACCAGGGGGCUGCUGAAGACGCUGCUGGAAGUGUACAUUCAGGCGAAGUUACCGCAGGACACGCGCAAUCGGAUUUUGAUUCUGUUUUGCGAUAUUAUUGUUUUGAAUGAUCGUCUCUGGAGAGAAUAUGGCCAGGAAAUCUUCACGCUCUGGUUGAGAAUGCUGCCGAAUUUGCUCAAGAAAACCGUCAUCGACUUCAACGUCCUGAAGGCGUUGCUCUGUUUGGCCAAGCAGAAGAAUACCAUCUUCCUGCACAGCCUGGAGGAGAACGUGGAGGACAUCGUCGGCAACGUUGGGACGCUCAAGGUGGUGAACGAGCAGUUUAAGAACGAAGGCCUAGUGCUGCUGAUCAAUUUGCUCUUUUGGGUUAGCAAACGGGAUGCUUUGGAGAAGCUGCUGCAGCCGGAACAGGUCAAGACGAUAAAGAUCGAUGACGAUAUGAAAGCGUAUUUUAGAAGUACGCUUAGAACGCGAUUAGUUAGCUUGUAGGAUCUAGCUACAUACAAUCGUUCACAAUUAUGAAUAAGGUAAGAAUAAGACAUUCUAACAAAAGAACAA